AUGUUAAUAGGAGAAAUCUAUUCAACAAUAAUUUAUUGUUUUGCUACAUUUGGAUUGUUUUCUAAUUUGUUUUUAAUUUGGCUAAUUUUACGUUAUACAAUGAAAGAAAUGCAAGUUUAUAGCAAAAUACUUUUACAAACUUGUUUUGUUGAUAUUGUUGGGAUUUGUAUGUUUGUUGUUUCUCAACCGGUUUAUAUUUCUGAUAAUGGCACAGGUACAGCUUGGAGUUAUGGACCUGUACAUUUUUUACCAAAUCCUUGGCAAUUCGUUCUUCUUCGUAUAAAUUAUUUUAUGGCAAGAAUUACCUCUAUGAAUGUCUGUACAUUAUUUAUUUAUCGUUAUUUUACUGUCGUUCGCGAUGUUGAUGUUAAAUUUAAACACCAAUUAUUAUUAAUUGUUGGAUUGAUAAUUCCAAUAUUUGUAUUAAAUGUUUGUGCUUCUAUAUCAAACUAUCCAACACCCGAAAACGAAUAUUUAACUAAUUAUGAAUUGGCUAAGACAUUGGGAUUGGAUAAUUAUACAAUUGAAAAUUAUGUUGUUGGACUUAGAUCGAGAACCAACGACCUAUCAAUUUUUACUGCAAAUUAUGCUUCAGCAUUAACAAUAAUUAAUUAUAUAAUAAUUAUUUUUUGUGGAAUAAGUAUUCAAAUACAUGUUUAUCGUCAUUGUAAAGGUGUACAAAUGACUCAAUUACGUAAUAUGAAUAAACAAAUGAGUAUUGUUUUGGGGGCACAGGCUAUUCUACCUCUAAUAACCUAUAUCACCACUUUAUUCACCAAUUUAAAUUUUUUGUUUAAUUUGCCUGGUCUAUAUUCUUCGUCUAUUGCAAUAUACUUUACUUCAAGUUUGGGGUCAUUAAUUGCUGUUUUAAAUCCUAUUGUGAGUUUUUACUUUUAUUUUUGAUAUUACUGAAGGAGUGUCAUUUCUGCGGAUUUUUUUAAAAUUUAAUUCACAAAAAUAUUUUUCUGUACCCAUUUCGCUAUCACUAUUAAAUGUUCUUUUUGGUUAAGUACUCCAGAAUCAGUCAACCACAGUUUAAAGUCUUUUGGUAAAUUAUAAUUUGAAUAAAUGAGCUCUAAUGAGAUUUUAAGUGUUUGUAACCAUAUUAGGUGUAAAUUUAAACUAAAUAAAAGCCUUAACAAAUGGCCGCAAGAAGUACCUCCAGAAAUGAC